CCAGCGGCGACGUUCCUUCUCAAAUUUGCACUCGAAAUUGAGCAGAAGCACAUCAACCACAAUAGUUGAUUCUAAAAUGAAGUUCGGCCGAGCUUUGCUGUUCGUUCUUUCUGUUCUGACAGGGGCACCGGCGACCGCUUGUCCCGCCGUGGAGGAGGCGUACGCAGCGGUGUUAGAGCAGCUGCUGCCCGGCCAGCCGCACUCGCUUCUGGGAGAGGAGUCGCUCGUCGCGCUCUUUAAUACGCUGGAGAACCGUGUGCACUGCGCCGGAGAUGUGUCGUGUGGAAAGUGCAACCUAUCAGACGCCGUCCACCAGCUGACCCACAAUCACAGCUCCCAUCAGCACAAAGACGUCAAGGAUGAACACGGCAUCGACGCUUCUGGAUUCAGUGCCCUCGCCGCCGGCUGCGUCCUUUACCUGAGCUCUCCUAACGCGGUGUGCGCCGCGGCUGACCAGGGCAUGUGGGGGGAGGAAGUGGAACACUUCCUGGAUCAACUGGAAAGUGGGAAUCCCCACGAACAUCACCACCAAGACCAGGAAGAGGACAAACUGUGCCAUGGGCAUGAACACCGGCAUGUGGGCCUUGACAGAUUAGACGCUGUCCUUGGAGGAAUUCUUCAGCACUAUGAGUCAGCAGACAUUGAGAGUUGCGUCACGGCAAGCGACAUCAUGUCUGAGGUCGCCGCCAUGUCCGCAGAGCAGACUCAAGUGGCGGGCGCAGUUUUUGGCCGGAUCCUGUAUCACGCCCUGCAAGGCCGAUGCUUCCACACGCUCCCUGAAGAGAGCUUCUUCUUGGACUACAUUAUGGACCGUCUGGGUUCGGAGAAUUUUACCAUUGAAGACCUGGAGGCGUUCAUGAGGUCUUUAAACAUCGGACCCAGCUCGGAGUCGAGCCACAGUCACGAGGAAGACGAACACGAGCAUCACCAUCACACUAGGCAUGAAGAACACGCAGAAGUGAACGGCACCUGGGAGCAGCACUGUUUUUCUGCACGGGAACUGGUACUGAUCCAUAGUUCUGGAGAGACGUCCCCCAACCUUAGUCGAUCAGACAUGGCCCAUCUUAGCCCGGCGCUAAUCCAGCAGAUCGUAACCGGGGCCUGCGCCAGUUCACCUCCGCCCAAACCGGACGACCUCAGCGAAACAGAGAGGUAUCUGUACGCCACCCUGGCCAACGUGAUCAUCACGCUGGCGUCCAUGUUUGGCAUCACGCUGCUGAUGUGCACAUCGUGUACCGUCGUCUUCCAGCUGUGCAUCCAGUUUUGCAUUAGCCUGGCCGUCGGUUCGCUCACUGGGGACGCUUUGCUACACCUUCUGCCCAUGUUUCUGGGACUGCACGUGCACUCGCAUGGAGAAGGCGGCAGCGAGCAUUCGCACGACCACCACGGGACGCAUCAGCCGGUGUUGGCGGACUACAUGGGGAAGAUGCUGGUGGUGAUGGGUGGUAUUUACUACUUCUAUCUGAUGGAGACCAUCUUUGAAAUCAUCACGCAUGGACAUCAUCACCACCACAGGGACAACUCUGAAGCUCACCACUGUGACCACGAUCGAGUUCUGGAGAUGUAUCAACAGGAGCGGCAACAAAAAGACAAACAGCAAUCUAUUUCCAAAGCAGACCUGGUCAUCGAGGAGGAAGAGGAGCAUGAAAGAAAGCAAACUAGAAAACAAAGGCUGCUGCCUUACAUGAUAACUUUAGGCGACGCCAUCCACAACUUUGCAGACGGUUUGGCGAUGGGUGCUGCGUUCUCCCUUUCGUGGAAGUCCGGACUGGCCACGUCGCUGGCCGUCCUAUGUCACGAAUUGCCUCACGAGCUAGGUGAUUUCGCCAUCUUACUUCACAGCGGUUUGUCGGUACGUAAGGCACUUCUCUUGAACGUGGGCAGCGCCAUGACCUCAUUCGUGGGCCUCUAUAUUGCCUUGAGCGUCGCUACUGAUUUGGCCACCACGCAGUGGAUCGCCGCCAUCACCACGGGUCUCUUUCUAUAUGUAGGCUUGGCCGACAUGCUGCCCACCAUGACGCACAUCAAGUCCAAAAAGCCGUGGCUGACCUUCGCCCUCCAGAACGCGGGCCUGCUGACCGGCUGGGCAGUUCUUCUACUGUUGUCCCUCUAUGAGGAGAACAUCAGCUUCUAGACCACUCAAAUCAAUCCUGGGAAUGAUCACGUUUCAGUGCCAUUGACCGCGAUAGAACUCUAACAGCCACGUGACAGCAUGCCAAAGUCAUCUUUUUUAUUUGAUUGUAAAAUGUAGAGCUCUUGAUAUUUAAGCGUUAUGUGAUUUUGCACACUUGUACGUUGUUUUUUUCAACACAACUAAUUUUCCUUAAAAAAUGGUUCAUAUUUUAGUCAACAGUGUGAGAUAUCUUUUGUAUCUUUAAAGAGUUUGAAUAAUAAACAUCCAUGCAAAAGUGAUUUUGUUUGAAAUUGUAUCUGCACCAUCAACAACUUCAAAUAGCACAUGCUAGAUCUUCUUUAUCAUUGUCAUCUAAUCUACAAAUCUUCAUUAGGGACAGAGUCCAGUGCCAACUCAUCACACAUACAGUAAUAAUGUAUAAUGGUGUACGUAUGCUAUGCACUUGCUUUGUCGACACGCUGAGCCCGUAAACCCCAAAAAUGCAGACAGGCCUGCUGACAAUGGAGAAUUUUUCACUUCUGUCUGCAUUUUUAACCCCUUUGCGAUCUUAACUUUCCGUUUCCACCCCUUGUCCAACAGGUCAAAAAUUACCCACUCAACGAAAGCCUCAAAGUAAAGCUGUAUAAAUAGAUUUUGAAGCCAAAAUCUAUUUUUGCAUGAUGUUAUCAGUUCAUUUU